GUUUCAAGUUUAUCAAACUCCCAAAAAUCACCAUCAAGGUCAACCGGAAGAACCCACUAUCACGGUGCUAGAAUGGCAGACUCUGCCGCAGGAAGCUACGACAACGCCCUUAUUGAGGUGGCAAAUUCCAAUGGAACCCUAGAAGCCACCUCGGCUGACAUCGAAAAGGUGGAGAAAUUUGUCUCGAACCCUAAAGUCUUCUACUUCUUCUCAAAUCCCACUGUCGACAUCGCCAAAAAACGUGAGGUCCUCGACGAAUUGAGACAUGCUAUUUGCUUUUAG